CGUGAGAUCAUAGGCAAAUCACGAAUCGCUGUUGCAUUUUGUACACGAUUUAAAGUUUGGAAAGUAUUAGGAAUACGUAUCAUAAUGGCUAACCCACUUUCCAUUUCCGAAUUGAUUGAUCUCUGUGCAUGCUAUAAAGUAUGUAGUUUAUGGGAAAAAGAAGCGGAUCCUUCUGAAUUGGAAGGAAGAAUUUUUUAUCAUGAAGAAAUUCGGCCAAGACGAAAUGCCCUUGAUACGACUCGCAAGGAUGCUAUGUUAUCAGAUGACUUUGCAUUUGAUUUUGGAGAAGUCAUUUGCCAAUACUGA